AACUCCAAAUAUUUUAACUAGAUCAACUCACAUUCAAAAUAAAAAAAGUAGUACUAAGUACCAAGAAGUUUUGUGAUUUUCCUUGAAUUUUCCUCUGCUAGGUAACGUCAAGAAAUUCAAAUAAAGAAUUUUGGAAAAGAAAUAUUAAAAAAUGAGUGCGUUGAUACCAUUACAAUUCCUGAAUAUUAUUUCUCCUUAUUAUUGCACAAUAGAUCCAACUACGAUGCAAUAUAAUGUUCAAAAUCUCGUACUUCAACCAUUUAAUCAAAAUAAGAUUUAUGCCCAAUAAACCCAAACAAGGAUACAAUAUUUAGAGCAUAUACCAGUGCCAAUCCUGAUACACCUACAAUUCUGCGUACUGGGGAUGUUGCAGCGUUACAACAGUCGGGUAUAACGAAUAGUAAAUGUCUAGUUGUUUACUUGCAUGGAUUUAUGGCAUCGCCAGAUUCUCCUAAUUCACAAAAUUUUAAAAAUGCAAUUUUGAACAGUGCUGGUUGCAAUGUUAUUCUGGUAGAUAAUAAAGGGUUGUUAUCUGCACCCGAUUACUUCACAGCAAUCGGAAACAUUAAACCAAUUGCAGAAUUUACCGCAACAUUUUUGGACGAUUUAAUAAGCAAAGUCGGACAGAUGCCUCUAUUUCUUGUUGGGACGAGUAUCGGAGGUCAUAUCGCCGGAGUGACGAGCAGAAAAAUGACAGGAACAGUUUCAAUAGCGUAUGGUCUGGACGUGGCUGGACCAAUACUUGAUUUCCUCCCAGAGGACAGCACAAUUGCUAAAGGGGAUGCUAAGUUCGUUGUACUUGUACACUCAAAUAUGUUCUUUUUUGGAUCGUUUAGACUAGCUGGAGAUCUGGACAUAUUUGUUAAUAACGGAAUAAUACAACUUAAUUGUUUCAUAGCCUUCAUAACCACACCAACUACACCUCUUCCAAAAGUUGUACUUUGCUCUCACUUGACAUCAGUAGCUAUGAUGACUAAAGGAAUGUCUAAUCCAACACGUUAUCCAAUGACCAAAUGCAGUAGUUUUGCAGAACCCAUUAUGGGACCCUGUGCAGUUCCAAGUUCUGUAUACUUUGCAGAUUAUUUCAUCGAAAACUCACCUCUUCUCGGCGAAAGUGGAAUCAGGAGGAUAGAUACUACCGAUACAACUCUAAGUGCCUAACUAUAAUAUAAAUAAAUAUAAAUAUGUAUUAAAUAUAAGUAUUAAAAGUA